UUUAAGAAUUGAUUAAAUUCAUGUUGUUUUGAUGUAUUUUUGAACAAAUGCUUCUUUUAGAAGGUAUUGGGAUUUGACUUUCAAUUUAAAUUGAGAAUGAUGAUAGAUUUGAAAUGUGUGAGGAUCUAGAAAAUCUUGCAUUAACUAAAUCAAACAAUUCUUCAUUUCUUUUCAAAUCUUCUUCCCUAAGUUCUUCUCCAGAGAUUGGAUCUGUUCCAUGCAUUUUGAUGUACUCUCUAAUUUUACUCUCUUCGUAAGUGUUUCCUUGAGGAGUUAUAUAAGGGUUUAUCAUUGUUACUCCAAAGUAAGGAUCUCGCAAAGCAUUUAGAAUAUCUACUAAUUUUAUGCUUUUUGAGGUUUCUGUUCUGUUAGGUCGUCUUGACCUUUUCAUUCUUUUUCUUUUAGUCAGUCUGGAAGCCUCUGGCCAGCUUCUAGAGCUCUUACUUUCUUCAAUACCAUCUCUCAAAUUCCCAGCACUCUUGUUCUCUUCAUCUUUAUCGUUUCUCUCAGUCAUAUUAUCCUCUCCAAGGUUUAUACGAUUUUCGCUAAAAUUAUUAUCUGAUUCACUUUCCGAAACUUGAAAUGAUUCUGAAAGCUUUUUCUCUUCUUCAAGUUCUUCAGAUCUCUCUCUCAAACUUUUACCCUGUCUUCUCAUUUGAAAGCCAUAAUCUAACUCUUUGUCUUUCAAGGCCAUGAUCGAGGUUAGGAUCUAUAUUUGCAUCCUGUUCAUUUUCUUCGAUAUGAGAGUUAUCAAAUAUAAUAUUUAGUUCAUCAUCAUAGAUACCUCAGAUGGUAAAUUCUCUUUUCUGUUCUUCUCUCUGUUGGUUACCUCCAUUCUCUUCCAUUAUUUCCUUAAUUAUUUUAUUUCAGUUCUUCUCUUGUCAAAGGCAUUUCUUCUUCAUUAACAAUAUUUCCUUCCUUCAUUAUCUUAUCACAAUUUCUCUUAUCCUCUAUCCAAGACGCUAUAAAUCCAAGAAUUCCAGCUCCGGCUGCCACACCGGCUCCUACCACUCCAGUUUUGCCUCAUUUUCCUGAAUCCCACAUUGACUUCGAGAGAUCCGAAAUUUUCCCUGCAUUUUUGAACAGAAAAUUUCCUGUAGAGCCUCACAUGAUUAUUCUAUUCUUGCUUCUCCUUUGGAACAUAAUUUCAGCUUCAGCUGACGUAUCUGGGUAGAUCUGGUUAUUUAUGAGAAGGUCUGCUAAGUUAGAUAUUCCAGCUUCAGUGUCAAAGUUAAACACGAGAUCUCUUUGAGAUAGCAUAGAUAUUUUAUUUUAUUUUCGUAAUUUUUAGUA